UUGGUGGUCACUGCUGUCAAACUACACUGUUUUUGCAAGCUGACCAAUGGGAUUGACUGUACAUGCAAGCCAUGCUCCGCCGAAUCUUCGGUAGUAUAGCACAGGCUAGCCUACUAAUAGCAAGCUACACUGGCCAGUUUGUAACUAAAGAAUGCCUAAACUCGCUAAGCAGAUGGAGUGUUGUUGAGAGUGAAAGUAACCAUUGGAAUUAAGAAAUUUACCAGGAAUCUACUGUUACUGUUGUAACAGUACGCCCCUUGGCAUAAGAACCCUAAACCUGUUUGAUACUUAUAAAGAAAGUAAUAACGAUGCGGCGAGGAGAACCUCUCCCCCAGGCCUUCCAGGCUCCGGUGGAUGUACAUGCCAGUGUGGAUGGUCAGGUGUACAUGUUCAGGAAACGUCAGGAUGACUCUGCAGACUCCUCAGAUGAGGAGCUGAAUGUCAUGGAGCUUAGACCACGGGGACGGCAGGAGCAGGACAGAGCAGGGUGUCUACAGCUGGUGGAGAGAGAAGUCUCAGAUGGGGACAACCUAAACAAACUGGCUCUGCAGUAUGGCUGCAAGGUGGCAGAUAUUAAAAGAGCUAACAACCUUAUUCAGGAACAGGAUCUGUUUGCUUUGAAAUUGAUAAAAAUCCCAGUGAAGAAGCAUAGUUUUUUGACUGAGGCUAAAACAGAGCUAGAAGACCCACAGCAAGCAACACCAAACUCUCCUACACCACCUCAACUUCAGGACAGACCUGAAGCCAGCUGCUCCGGUAGGCCACAUCUGCAGGACUACACAGACUAUCUGAAAGAGGUGGACCACGACAUUGAGAAACUUAUUCAAACCACAGAUGCUCAUGAGGAGUUUUUUUCUGAAAGCACAGAGAAGCCACCAAAGUUUGGUUUCCGAGGCCAGCGCUUGACCAGCUAUGGGGCAGACUGGGGCAUCCAGUGGUGGAAUGCUGUAGUUGCCAUGCUCCUAAUAGGCAUUAUCCUGCCUAUUUUUUAUGUUGUUUAUUUCAAAACAAAAAAUACUGGUGUGACUCCUGGAGAUGGUACUGGGAUAGAUUCUCACCUCAGUUCAGCAAACAGCUCAGGGACAGACACCGUAAUCCAUAGGAGUACUGACAGCAGUCAGGACAAUGUGUCUCUGGGUCCUCACAAACCACAUAGGCCUAUGUAAUGAAGAUGGAAAAAGAGUCUGUUACAUCUUUACAAACUGGUCAAUUUUCAGCAGAAUUUGCUUUGGAUCCACUAUUAUGACUCUGGAGAUGUAUUUUCUUAAGAACUUAAGAAAGAACUUAAGAACUCUAAAGAACUUGGACAGUUACUUAAUGAAAGAUUAAUGAAAACUGUGCAUUAGCAGUUGAUCAAAUUGAUCAAUGUGAAACAGUGUUCAAUGGUCUAAUUAGAGAUUGUUGCAUGUAUUUUUGAUGGUUAACUUAAUGCGUUUGCUGUUGUUUGAGUCGUAUACUGCAAAACAGCACAGAAGAUGUUUUAUUAUAAUGUAUUUUCCAUACAGAAGUCUUUAACCAAUAGUGCCAUUUACAGAUCAACUCUAUGUUUUCAAAACUAACAGGUAUUUCACAUAUCUGCCUAGCAUAAGUAUUUGUUUAGUGCAAUAUAUUCUCUUAAACAAGGGAUAUUAUAUUAUGACAUGUUAGGUUUUGAUUGUAAGUCUUUCAAUACUGGAUGUUUCAUCAUGUAUCUGAAGAUAAAUGGACUUGUUAUGCUUUUUGUGGAUUUUUAAGCAUAUAGUGCCACUUUGUGCCAAAUUGUAUGCUACUUACUGGUAAUUUCUGUGUUUUAUUGGCCUUUUUUUUUACUAUUGCAGCAUAGAUUGAUCUCAGGUAUGUUCAUGUCUUGAAUAUAAGAAAACAUUUGAACAAAUUAACCUAAAAGGGCCUUUAACAGUGUUAUGAAUCAGAUCUCUAAGCAAAUAUAUUUAUUUAUUUUUCCUGGUGGACAAUGUUACUAAUGUCACGUUUAUUAUGAAGGGAUUUUUGCAUGUGAAAAAAUUAGUACUUUCAUAAUGAGUGUUCUCAGACAACAAAACAUCCUAUAGCAUGCAUGGAAUCUAUUUCUUUAAAUAAAAGCUUUAUUCUUUACUUGGA